CAUACUGCCCAAUUACAUAAAUCAUAUAAGAUGAAAUCCCAAAUAGCCAGGAUGUGAAAAAAAAUUUCAGCAGUCAACUGGGAAAAUAGAAUUGAAGCAUCACAAAUCAAAUAAACAGAGACAGGAGAAGAAUAGGGAAAAAGAUGUACACAGAGUACUGCGGAGAAAUGAAAAUACCAGAGGAGUGUACAGUGAGGGUAUGUAAGGAGAAUGAAAGAGAUAGGAUUUGGGAAGAAAACCGGAAUAGGAGAUGACAAUGGUUCCCCAGAGUAUUGACCAAUCUGAAGAUGAAGGGUUCCAGUCAGCCUCAAAUAUGACACCUGAUUCUCAGUCUGAGCCUAGCAUGACACCUGAUAUUGAUGUGUGGGAGGCAGUCCUUACAUAUGGACCAAGUAAGAGGAGGUGCUGGGAAAGAAUAGGCUGUCCCCCUGGUAAAAGAGAAGAACCAUAUCUAACAGAAGCUGGGAGAGAAGCAUUUGAUAAAUUAUAUAAACUCCAUGAAGGGGCCCUGCAGAUCCUCAGUGCUACAAUUUUGGAACCCCAGCUUGUAUUGCUUACAGAGACUGACCUGGUAAAAGAUGUUCUCAAUGUUCUUAUUGGUGUUGCAUCCACUACCUUUUCUUAUAAUCAGGCCCUCCAGUCUUUUGCAGUCAAGCAAGGAGUUUAUAUAUCUGGGACAUCACCUGAGAACAUAAGUAACCUGUUGACACAAGUUGCAGAAUAUGGAACAUAUUACACUAGACUGAGUCACUUUUCUCUGCACACUGUAUUGCACUCGUCACAUAGUAAAGGUCUUGUAUUUCAGGCUUUUACAAGUGGUCUUAGGAAAUAUCUGCAAUAUUAUCGGGCAUGUGUUUUAUCAACUCCUGCGACACUGACUCUUCUCACAAUUAGCUUCCUUUUCAGAAAACUUGGACGGCAACUAAGGUAUUUAGCAGAGCUUUGCUGCAUUGGGGCACUUGCCACCAGUGCCACAAGAGUGACCAGCACUUUGUUUCCUACAGGAGUAAAGCUUCUUUCAUAUUUGUACAAAGAAGCACUUGAUAACAGCAGCAAUGAAAAUUAUCCUGUCUUGUUAUCACUGUUAAAAACAAGCUGUGAACCAUACACAAGGUUUAUUUAUGAUUGGGUGUAUAGCGGUGUCUUUAGGGAUGUAUGCGGGGAAUUUAUGAUUCAAGUAAAUGAAGAUUACCUUGGAUUUAGAGAUAAACAAUAUUGGACUCACGGAUACGUUUUGAUUUCCAAGGAAGUUGAAGACUGUGUGCCUGUAUUUCUGAAGCAUGUAGCUAAUGAAAUAUAUAUUUGUGGGAAAACCAUAAACUUGUUAAAGUUAUGUUGUCCUAAGCAUUAUAUAUGUUGGUCAGAUAUCCCAGUACCUCGAAUAUCUGUAACAUUCUCCUUAGAAGAGCUAAAGGAAAUUGAAAAAGACUGUGCCAUUUAUGUUGCACGUAUGGAGAGAAUAGCACGACAUAGUUGUAUUAGCAAAGAACAAAAGGACUUACAAACAGAAAUUGCAAAGCAAGAGUUAAUUAUUCAGGCACGCGAAACAGCAGAAAAAGUUUUUGAAACCUUCAAGGAUCACAAACUGGCUGAGAAAAUGUCUUCGGAUACAAAAAAGCGAGAGCUUUUUCAGAAGCUGAAAGAACAAUAUGAAAAAGACCAAGAGAGGCGCCUUGCAGCAAAGCAAGAAGAAGCUGAUGAUGAUUUUAGCUAUGCCCGAGAGAUACGUGAUCGUGAGAAAAGACUAAAGGCAUUAGAAGAAGAACUAGAGCUGAAAACAAGACAAGAACUUAUUGAGCAUUACAGCAAAUUGUCUGAGGAGGCAACUCGAAAAGAGCAGAGGGCUCUUUGGAAAAUUCAGCGUCAUAAACUUGAGACUGCUCGACUGAAAUUUUUCUUGGAGGAGGAAAAACAGAUGCAGGACUUGGUUGCAAAUUUCCCAGCGGAUAUAGCUGAAGAAAAUCUGGGUGUUUUACCACAUGGUGCAAUAUUACAUCACACAGACCAUACUAAUAUUGGAGAUGUGGCGGAUAUAGGAAUUGAGAAAGCAGUUCCAGAACAACAUACCUUUCACAGUAACGAUGAUCAAAGCAGAUUUUUAAAGAGUGAAACAUUGAGCCCGGAUGUUACAUUACCAACAGAAAACAUACAUUUGCAAACCAAUAAUGCUUCAGUUAUAAGUGUAACGUCUUUCGAAUCCAAUCUGUGUACACUUGAUGUGGAUAUUACCGAUUUCUUACCAACAUUAACCUCUGAGAAUCAUGAGGUUGAAUUAAAUGUAGCUCACUCUUUGGUAGAUGAUGCUUUAAUAGACAUUGGUUCCGAUCUAAAUAAAAAUACAGAGAACAAGGAAAAUCUGUGUGCUUUAAAAAGUAAUUCACAGGAAAGUAGAACUGGAAAUGAGUAUGAUUUUAAAACCAUUCUGAAGCCAAUAGCAUUUACCGAAGUUUCACAAGGACACAUACAAAUUGGAGAAUAUUAUUCUAAUGUACAACCUGCGCAGCCUCGUUGGAGUUCUCAUGGACAUUCGUCAGAUUCAAGUAUUAAAAUUGGAAAUUAUGUUCCAGACAUCAGAGUUCCCCAGCCAAAGCAUAGCCAGCAUGGUCAUUCCUCAGAUUCUAAUAUAAACAUUAGUGAUCAUAUGUCUGAUGUGGAACCUCGACUUCCUCGAUUGAACUUGCAUGGACAUGUCUCCACAGGACAUAUAAAAGUAGGUGAAUAUGCUUCUGAUGUGGAACCUUCGAAGCCCAGGCAGAGUCUUCAUGGGCAUGCAUCCCAGGCAAACAUUAAGGUCGGUGAGAAUGUAUCAGAUGUGAAACCAUCAAGGCCACGAUGGAAUGUUCAUGGACAUGUGUCUGAUGCAAACAUAAAAAUUGGUGAGAAUACUACCGAGAUAACAUCUUCACGACCUCGGUGGAACAUUCAUGGACAUGCUUCACAGUCUCAUAUUAAAAUUGGAGAACUGGUUUCUGAUAUAGAACCAUCAAAACCCAGAAGGAACCCUUUUGGCCAUGCUUCACAAUCAAGCAUACCAAUCGGAGACCAGACUGUGGAAAACUAUACAUUAGAAGUCAGAAAUAAAACUCAGAAGUCAGAAUCUAGCCAUUCAUCAUACUCUACAGUUCAAUGCUAUGGCAAGAUAUCUGACACUAACAAGGACAGUACGUGUAGACGUUCAGAGCUAGACACGGUUAAACAGUCAGCUCCAGAAAUCAUGGAUUCUCCUAUUGUCUUGUCAUCUGUAGUCCUUAUAGAAGAAAACAACAAGGAAAGCUUUACAGGAGAAGGAAUGUUGUUACCAGAUAAUCCAGUCACACUUUCAGCUCAAGUCAACUCAGAUAAUGACACGGAGAAAAGUUCUACACUACUACAGCAUAAAGUGCAGGAAACUGAUUCGGCCUGUGAUGGGGAAGCAUCACUAAAUGCUGCACAGAGUUUGCUAUGCACACCUGAUACCCUGGAUCUUGGAACUAAAGGAGAAAGAAAUGUUGGGGAUGAUGAUGAUCAUACAUGGGAGAAGCAACAGGAGUAUCUAAAAGCCCUGGCAGAGAAAUAUUGCCUUGAAAAAUAUCAAGACAGUUAUGAACUGAUGUCACAUCCGCCAGUUCUUCAUCUUUUUAGCAAUGUGAUGCCCAGGCAGUUUUCUUUCCCUACUGACCCUAACACUCAGCCAGCAACAGAUGAAACCACAGUUCAGCUUAUUGAGCUUCUGUCUUUGCCAGUGUUGAUGAAAUAUUCUGUUACUGCUCCUAUGGUCUCACAUGUUUCUCUUGUAAACAAAGCUAUAGUGGAUUAUUAUUUUGUGGAGCUAAACAUGGAGAGACACUUUGAAGCUAUCAGACAUUUUCUGCUGAUGGAAGAUGGAGAGUUUGCUCAGUCACUUAGUGACAUGCUGUUUGAAAAGCUCGGUUCAGGACAUACACCAAGUCAACUGCUCAGUCCAUUGGUUCUUAAUUCUAUACUGAAUAAAGCUCUGCAGUACAGUUUGCAUGGAGACUCUAAUCUGGCCUCCAACCUAACCUUUGCACUGAAGUAUCUUCCAGAAAUGUUCACACCUACUGCCCCUGAUGCUUUAAGCUGCUUGGAGUUGAAAUACAAGGUGGAUUGGCCGCUCAACAUUGUCAUUACGGAUGCAUGCAUGAAUAAGUAUAGCAGAAUAUUUUCUUUUCUACUCCAAUUGAAGCACAUGGUAUGGACAUUGAGGGAUGUUUGGUUUCACCUAAAAAGAACAGCACUGGUGAAUCAAGCUUCAAACUCUGUUCAGUAUCGGCAGCUUCAACUUUAUCGACAUGAAAUGCAGCACUUUGUUAAAGUAAUUCAGGGUUACAUUGCUAACCAGAUUCUGCAUGUAACCUGGUGUGAAUUCAGGAACAAACUUUCUGCCGUAAGCAACCUGGAAGAGAUUUACAGGACCCAUGCAGACUAUUUGAACAAAGCACUUUUUAGGGGGCUACUGACAGAGAAAGCUGCCCCACUAAUGAACAUUAUUCAUAGCAUUUUCAGCCUCAUCCUGAAGUUUCGCUUACAGUUAAUCUCUCAGUCAUGGAUAUGUGACACAGGGAAACAAAUGGCUGUUCAUCCCAACUUUAAUUUAAUGCAACAGUCUUACAAUACAUUUAAGUAUUAUUCUGACUUUCUUUUUGAAGUGGUGUCAAAGCUUGUAAACAGAGGAUAUCAGCCCCAUCUGGAGGAUUUCUUGCUGCGAAUUAACUUCAACAACUAUUAUAAGCAGAGCUAGGAAUUGAUGUUGGUUGUGUUACAUUUAAAAAUGCAAGCUGCCCUCAAGGGGCCGCCCCUUAACAAGGCUAUUGGAACCCUCCGAGAUGACUCCACAAAUAAUGAACCUGUUACACCAAAUGCUGCCUUGGAGUAGACGUGCACAUAUUAACCAGCGUAGGGUCCACUUUGAAACUUGGUUAAAAAACAAAGCUUAUCCUCCAAUAUUAUUUAUACAUUGAAAGGAUUGUUGUUUGUGAGCUACUGUGUCAAUCAUAACUAGAGUGUAUUUACAAAUGUUAGCAAGACACACCAGAAUCUUAGUGUACAUAGGUAUUUACUAAUGUAAACUAUGUAUUAUGCAGAAUAAACAUUUGAUGAUUUGUUAUAGUUUAUUAUAAAUUAUAUUCUGUCCUAAAUGUAAUGACUACAAUGUAUACAGCCUUUGUACUGACACUGAGGAAAUCAUAAAGCUGGUAUGUUUACAGGAGAUUUUUUUCCUGUACUGUCCCAUGUAAAGAUGAGCGGUGAGGCUUUGCUUGUUUGUCUUUCAGCGAGGAUGGAAGCUCUCUGGGUACCCACAGUUCAUUCAUUUUAAGCCUUAGAAAGUGUACAUACAAGCCACGGGAAAUACAUUAAGGUUAAAAAGAGCAAAUGCAACUUCAGGCUCUUAUUUUGCCAUGACUUAAUAAAAGACCACAUUUCUACAUCA